UGAUACCAACCAGGGCCGAGGGAUUUCCCCAUUGGUCCCCUGACGCUGAUCUUGUCGCGGACGGGCGCAGGGGACGGGCGUUGACGUGCGGGUGGACCUGAAAACCUCACCAUGAGCAAGGCUUCUGCACCUCCUGACUUUCAGCCUCCAACUGAUGGGCCACCCAGCUAUAACCAAGCUAUGACUGAAGGUGCUGCCUACCAGCCGACACCAGGUCCUGCCGACUACAAGGCUCCACCGAUGCCCCAGGUCGCGUCUCCGUACGGUCCGCCAGGCGGCGCUGGACCCUCGCCGUACGGCCAGGGGCCCGGUGUGCCGUACGGCCAGGGGCCCGGUGUACCGUACGGCCAGGGGCCCGGUGGACCGUACGGCCAGGGGCCCGGUGGACCGUACGGCCAGGGACCCGGCGUGCCGCACGGCCCUGCCCAGCAGCAGCAGUACGGACAGUACGGCGCUCCGCCAGGUGUGCCCCUGCAAGCGGCGCCGCCGGCACAGACGCACCUGGUCACGGUGGCCGGUCCCAACCCGGCCCACAUGAUGUGCCCGCACUGUCACGCCGAGAUCGAGACCAGCGUGCGCUCGUCGCCAUCGACCACGGCCUGGAUCGCCGGCCUGCUGAUCGCGCUGUUCGGAUGCUGGAUGGGCUGCUGUCUGAUCCCGUGCUGUAUGGACGAAUGCAUGAACAAAGAGCACUUUUGCCCCAACUGCAAGGCGUUCCUGGGGAGCUACAGGCGAUAAGCAAAGUUCAGGCUGUUUGCUGACGCCCCCGCCAUCUGGCGUCGACGUGUGAGACU